AUGAAUCAUGUGUCCAGCCGGGAUCGGGCACCGCGGGAGAAUCCGCUGAGGGUUUACGUGCCGGCGGAGGCCCGAGCAGGGCCCGAGGGUCCUGGGGCCUCGGGGCGGUGGUGCCGCGGCCGCUGCCCCUCGUGGGUGGCAAGGCUCCUUCGACCCGCGCUCGGGAUCCGACGCACGUUUCCCCCCCGGCCUGGGGGCUCUGGCUCCCGCGCCCGGUCCCGCGACAUCCAAGGGCAAGAUCCAACGUGCCCUUGCCGCGCGGGGGCCCGGAACAGCUGCGUCUCGCCUCGGGCUCCGGCUGCGGUGCCUCCCCGCUUCCCCGCGGUCUCAACCGUGGCUCUUGCUGACAACGAAUUUGGUGUCACGCGCGACCCACCCGGGGCCACUAUCCCCGACCCCUACACCAGCGGGCAGUGGGCGUUUUCGGAAGAACGGGCCUCGGCUGUUGGGGCGGAAGCUUCCGGAAGCGCUGAGGGGCUACAAGGCGGAAGAGCGACGCGGUCGCGGUGCGAGGGCUCUCCGGCUGCUAGUGCGAGUGCGCCUGUUUGCCCGGCCACCUGCACGGGCUGCCCGGCUGCCCCGGCGGGUCCACGACGUCUCCGCAGCCGCCUGCCACGGGCCGCGUGUCGCCGUGCACUUGGAAGAAGUCGGGAAGUUCACGGUAUCGCAGUCUCUCAGGUGGAUAGGAUUCCUUGCUCUCAUCUACACGGUAAUCCAGCCCGCUUCCAGUUUGUUGACGCCAGCAGGCUUAGCCAGUGGUCCUGUAGGGAAUCGGACGUCUGCCAGGAGGAUAAUAAUAGCAGGAACCACAAUAGUACUGAGAAUGAUAACAGUGGCGGCUUCAGCGAGUUUCUGAGACGACAGAGCAUCUGUGUGAGGCCGCCUUGUCAACUGCACGCAAACAAUAUGCUGUCCCCGUCGCUCCUUCAGCCUCUUGCCUCCAAAAAUGCGCUGCACCAGUGCAGGUGUUCACUGUCUCCCUGAAUUGUCUAGCAGUCUCUCGGAAAUGCUCUCUCGAGAGGGGUCUCAAGCCGCCUUUCUAAGGUACCGGUGAAAACAAGACUGGCGAGGAGGGGGCUCUGGGCCUCAGUGCCCGGAAGGGCGUGGGGAAGCGGGCACGGGCAUGUGAUGCUGCUGAGAGGCUCCAGCAGUAGGACUGCUCCGAGAGGUCAUUAGCCAGUAUGCAGCACACUUUAAAAAAGUUAGCAUUCCUUCGAUUCAGCAACCCUACCUCCUAGAGGGAAUAAUUACACAAAGGAGGUACGAUGUGUCUGUGAGAAUGCCUGUCAGGGCGAUUUAUAAAGUCUUACAAAUUGGAAAGACUCUAAAUAUACCAGUAGUUAAGUAAAUUAUGACACGCCCAUUAAAUAAAAUGGAAUACGGUACCAAAACUGAAAAUAAUUUUGUAGGUCUGUAUUGACCGACCUGAGACAUAUUUGUGAUCUAUUCCUAAAUUUAAACAAAUGAAGCCUGAGGAGAGGCUCAGGGGAAGCUGCUAGGGUGCCAGCAGCGUUCAAUGUCUUGG